GCCAGAUAAGAACUCAGGAAAAUGACAAACGCUAUUCUUGAAUCACGAGCGUCGUUUCUUUUGCGCUUCUCAGGUGGAGCCGCGCAGCAAAAAGGCCUCGGCUUGACUUCUUCCCCGCUGAAAGUCACAAAAGUAGCAGCUGCAAAAGAAGCUGUGCGACUUUGCGGCACUUUCCCACUUGCAGCAAGAUGCCAAAUGAAGCAGAAAAGCCCAAAUCUCCUCCCCCGUUUACCUCUGCACAGACAAGUAAGAUAUGCGCCGUGUCCAAUCGUGUACAAGAGAGUAAGUACAAAGUGUUCUUCCACGGCAGAACGUGUGCUCGACCUUUGGCAAAGUGUAACCUACAUUUGCAACAACCACACACAUGCAAGAGGGUUUUCAUAUAAGCGGCUCAGCAAAACGAAAAUCCUCCAUUUUUCACGCCACAGUAUGGGGUUGCAGCUUAUUUUUACUUUUUAACAUCAGCAACUGAGAUUUUAUUUUCAUAAAGUGACAUGGAAUGAGAUGUAAACACAUAUUUGCAUAUCAUUAGCAUACUGGCUGUUUUUGACAUGUGAGCCAAGUCACAUGACCAAACAGAAAACAGGUGAGCUGUGACAUUCUCAAUGCGAGCCCGAGGGUAUUUUGACAUCACUUUUAGACCACAACAGGGGGCGCUGCCGCGUGAAAUCAUUCUCGGGUGAUGGCCGACAUUUUAUGUCGCAACGCCCCCUGCCGUCCGAUGAAACCGACUUCAAAGUACCCUCGGGCUCGCAUUGCGAACGAGGCUUGACAUAAUCUGCUUAACACUAAUACCACAAACAAAAUAUUGAUCAAAAUGUCGUGUUUAGGAAAGUGCGGGCUCCUAGAACUAGAACACAUUGCAAAAAUAAUUGCACCGCUCCACCCCACCCCGCCCCUUAGAGGCCAUGAAGCGCAUCGCAGUACCAGCAGAUAUAUAUUUUUUUCAAUUGCUAUUUUUAAUAUAUUAUUUUGCUUUUAUUUAUGUUUGGCCCUGAAUUUUGGUUACUUUGGUCACUGCAGAGCAACUUGAAUGUGAGUGGGUGAUCAUUUGCAAUGAAUCCAUCCCAAAUCUUGUGUGACAAGGCGUCGACUUGAAGUACUGGAAUACAAGCAGGCAAUUUGAGUGCUGACUGCUUCAUCGCGCUGCUAUGAGACACCGCGUGGAGUCCGUGGGAGGGGUCCGCCACCAGCUCCUCACUAAUUGACAAGGCGGCGGAACCAGAAAAGAUUGUGCAAAUGACGCUCGACUCCUCUUGCUUUCGUGAACUGUGCAUAAGAUGAGCGCCACUUUGCAAACUUUGGCUCCAUGCGCGCUUCCUCCUCUCCUUCCUCCAUGGGGGUGACGACCAGCCCGGGGACGCAGCCGCGCACCACCGCACCGGGUCCCUUCGCGGAGGGUAGCCCGAUCCCAGCCGAGGAUAAUUUCCCUAUGUCGGGUGAAGACCCACAGGAGGAGAGUCUGAGUGAAUUCUGCGUGGAGGAAGACGAAGAGGGAGAGGAGGAGGAACUUUCCUACUCGGAGCUGUCCUCGGAGGGCUCCGUGGACUACGGCUUCAUCGCCGCCGUCUCCUGCUUGGUGACGGGCAUCUCGCUCGUGGCCAUCUCGUACGUGGUGCCUCGGGACAUGCACGGCCCCGAAAAGGAGGACGGCGUGGCGGCGCGCGAGAUGGAGCGGCUCCAGCGGGAGCGAGCGCGGCUGGGCGCGCACCUGGACCGCUGCGUCAUCGCUGGCCUGUGCCUGCUCACACUGGGCGGCGUGCUGCUCUCCAGCCUGCUCAUGGUGUCCAUGUGGAAGGGGGAAACCAUGCGCAGGAAAGCCCUGGCGCACGCAGCCAAGAGCCAGCACAAUCUGUACGGGGCCAUCGGGUGGGGGCACUCGGACCCCGCGGGCACCGAUUUCGCCGCACCUGACGACUCAGCUGAGUUUUAAAAUGGACAAACUUUGUUUUCUAAUGUCCCUUUAAAGACACUGACUGUCUUUUAGUGGGAGUGUGCACUUUAUUAGGUACACUUGCAGAUGUCAUACAAAUUAAAAUUGAGUAAUGUAAAAAAAAAAAACAUU